GGUUGUGCUUCAUGCAGGAGUGCAUUCUGUCUGGGAUCAUGUCCGUGAAUGGGAAAAAGGUUCUGCAUAUGGACAGGAACCCCUACUACGGUGGGGAGAGCUCUUCCAUUACACCCCUGGAAGAGCUGUACAAGCGCUUUAGUCUACCUGAUAGCCCACCGGAGUCCAUGGGCAGAGGAAGGGACUGGAACGUUGAUCUCAUCCCCAAGUUUCUCAUGGCUAAUGGUCAGCUUGUGAAGAUGCUGCUUUACACAGAAGUGACGCGGUACCUGGACUUUAAAGUGGUGGAGGGAAGCUUUGUUUACAAAGGAGGGAAGAUCUACAAGGUGCCGUCAACUGAGACCGAGGCGCUCGCUUCCAACCUGAUGGGAAUGUUUGAGAAGAGAAGGUUUCGGAAGUUUUUGGUCUUUGUGGCCAAUUUCGAUGAGAACGACCCCAAGACCUUUGAGGGCGUGGACCCUAAAGCCACUACCAUGAGGGAUGUUUACAAGAAGUUUGACCUUGGCCAAGAUGUCAUUGAUUUCACCGGCCACGCCCUGGCCCUCUACAGGACAGAUGACUAUCUUGAUGUUCCGUGUUUGGAGACGAUCAAUCGUAUCAAGCUGUACAGUGAAUCACUGGCACGUUAUGGAAAGAGCCCCUACCUCUACCCCCUGUAUGGCCUGGGAGAGCUGCCACAGGGAUUUGCAAGGCUGAGCGCAAUCUACGGGGGAACCUAUAUGCUGAACAAGCCCGUGGAUGAGAUCGUAAUGGAGGGUGGCAAAGUGAUUGGAGUCAAGUCAGAAGGCGAGGUGGCUCGCUGCAAGCAGCUCAUCUGUGACCCCAGCUACAUCCCAGAUCGCGUCCGUAAGGCGGGCCAGGUGAUCCGCGUCAUCUGUAUCCUGAGCCACCCCAUCAAGAACACCAAUGACGCCAAUUCCUGUCAGAUCAUCAUCCCUCAGAAUCAGGUCAACCGUAACUCAGACAUCUACGUGUGCAUGAUCUCUUACGCCCACAAUGUGGCGGCCCAAGGGAAGUACAUAGCCAUCGUCAGCACCACAGUGGAGACUAGUGAACCAGAGGCUGAGAUAGAGCCAGCCUUGGAGCUGCUGGAGCCCAUUGAUCAAAAGUUUGUGGCUAUUAGUGACCUUUAUGAGCCCACAGAUGACGGCACUGAGAGCCAGGUCUUUGCCUCGAGGUCCUAUGAUGCCACAACUCACUUCGAGACCACCUGCAACGACAUCAAGGACAUCUACAAACGCAUGACUGGGACUGACUUUGACUUUGAGAACAUGAAGCGCAAACAAAACGACGUCUUCGGGGAGGACGAGCAGUGAGGGCGGUUCGGGGGCCUCUCGGAAGAGGGUGGGAGCAGAAAAAGAAGCGAAGGCGGGUGAAAAAAUGGGUCAGAGAGACGGUCAGUCCCUCUCUCAGGAUUUCAAAGGAUGGUUUGAUAGCAAUGGAAUAAGCGAGUUUUCCUUCUCUUCAGACGUCUGCCUCCAUUUCUUUUUUUGGUCUCCCCCCCUUCUUUCCACUCGGAAUAAAAUUCGUAAAAUGCUCACAAACAAACACACACAUGCUUUUUCAAACACUUCCUUUCCUCUGUCACCGAAAAGCAGGGUUGAUUAGGUAUUUCUUUCAGAUGUGUAUAAACAGUAGAACCAUAACUUUAGCUUUGACGUUAAGCCGGGCGUACGCUGUACGAUUUUUUUUACCCGUUUCGGGCCGAUUCUCCAGUUGUGCUAGAAUUUUUCGAUCGGGCCGACUUUCAGCCUCAUCGUGCGCCGUAGUAUAAAGGGGCUAAUGAUGGGCGAUCAGCCUCUCACGACCGCCUCCCGAUCAGGAAUCGUAAGGUCGGGAGAAAAUCAAACAUGUUUGAAAUUCAGUCGGCCGUCGUAAGACGUUUGUGCGCAAAUGCUACUGUUGAAGCAGAGCUACGAAACGAAUUACCAGAACAUCGAGCACUUCGCAUGUGCAAACAAGGAUUUCUUCUUCUUCCAGAUUGACAAGUCCGACCAGCGCAAUCUCUCGCCGCUGAGUCCGACGUGUGAUUUUUUGGACGUACACUGUAAGUAGAUAGAUCGCAUCAGAGCGUCGCGUCGAACAGUGAGCUGCAAACUUUUAAACCCUGCGGUUUCGUCGUACAGUUUGAGCUGCAGCUGCAUGCAACGAUUAAAAAUAUCGCACAGCGUAUGCCCGGCUUCAGUCGCUGAUUUUCAUACCAUUUCAGUCCUUUUUUUGUCGUUCUCGUUGACCACACCUCCAGUUGACAUGCAUGCAUCUUUUACACAGUGGUUUAGCGCAUAGACCGAAUCGACACUGCGGUUUAAAGGCUGGAGCGUUCCAUGCGCCGCCGAUCCUGUCAACGCUGCUUUCACUCCAAGUCAUUCAUACUCUUGUCUUUUUACCUGCGUGACUUAAAGCGAUGUCGCUCCUUUCUGGCAAAAAAAAAAAAAACGUGAUGUGAUCCGCACAGGCAUAUAAACGGGCUCUUCUCUCAACCGAUAUCGCUCACUUUUGCAACGCCGUUGUGUUCUCAGUGCAAAGCAGGCAAGCUAAUCAGUGGCUAUAACCUCUGUUCCCUCGAUAUCAAAAGAAAAAAAAACAAAAAAAAAACAUUUUUUUGUGCGUCUAAGUUAUGUAACAUCAGUUUUGAAACUGAAUAGUUCACUUUCUAACUUGUUAAAUUAUUAGAAGAGUUUAUUUCUAUAUAAUGGGUGCACAUUUCACAGGCUGAAGUUAUGAAGUUUACAGAGCAGCUGUUAAAAAAAUGGUUUUUCAAGUGAAACAUAAAAAAAAAGGGAAUUUGUGAACAACAGAGACGAGGAAGGGGUUUGGGAAGUUUUUAUUGUGAGGGAGGUGGUUUUUGAAAAUGCUAAAUCAAAUAGAUUGGAAUAAAGCACGGAGGGCGGGAUGAGUUUUUUUGGUGAUUAAAGAUUAGGACUGAAAUUUCAGCUUUUGGUGAAAACACCCAGUUUUACCUUUGUGUUUAAUGUCAGUGUACAUCCCCCUCCACCCCCUCCUAGAUGUGAGGUAACAGGAGAAGCAUUGUAGCAUGUGAUCACCCCUUCAGAACGAACCGAGAUGCUUUUAAUUUAGCCUUAUUUGGAUUAAUCGACUGCUUUGUUUUCACCAACAUUGUUUGUAGGUCAAUCCUGUAUGGGGUAAGAUUACUGUCAAAAAAAAAACAUAUGCGUUCUUGUCUGAAUUUUUAAGUGAAAGUCAAUGUAAAAAAAAUUAUAAUUUGUGUUUGUUUCUCAUAUCAACCUAAAGAUAGAUGUGGCAUCUGAUCUUCACCUGUGAGAAUUUAAGUUUAGAAGUAUAAAAAGUUAAAACUUUGAAAGAAUUACAAAAAAAUAAUUUACAACUAUGAAUCACAGAUUUAUGAGUAGUAAAUAUACGUAAAUGGUAAAUUUAUGCUGUUUCUGCUGGAGGUUUCUUGCUGUUAAAAGGGAGUUUUUCCUCUCCACUGUCGCUACAAGCAUGCUUAGUGUGAGGGAUUGCCUUUGAGUCAAUGAGUCGAUGCAAUCAGCUGGUUUUCGUUAGAUAGAAAACUUUUAAUGGAUGAUCUGGUGAAUUGUAAAGUCCCUUUAGAUGACGUGUGUUCUGAAUUGGGGCUAUAGAAAUAAACUGAAUUGAAUAGAAUCAAAAAUGUACAAUUACUCGUAAAUUUGUGAUUCAAAUUUGUAAGUUUGUACUCAUAUUGGUGCAAAGUUGCAGCUUUCUAACUUCUAUUCAUAAAUUCUAUAUUCACAGAUGAUCAGAUGUCUCAUGUAUGUAUGAGUCCAUAACAAGAAACGAAGAAAAAUCUUGAAUUUAUUCACAGCAUUGAGUUUUAUUUACAAAUUCAGACAAGUAGACAUAUCAUUUUAUGGACAGUAGUCUCCCCGUAGAUUUGUGCCAAAAUUGGUGUUUCUGUUAUUGACUAAUAGUUGGCGGCAGCAUGGGGUGUGCAGCGCGCGUUGGAGGGGUAUUGAUUUUUUUCAUAAAAGUUUAAGGUUUUAUCCUGCAAAUAAUAAAAAAAAUAAUAAUCGGACAGGAAGCUGCUGUCAUUUUCUCUUUUAACUCCAAACUGAUCCUGUUUGUGUCUUAUAUUUAUGAUCUAUUUAUUAAAUUCUCACUGACGUUUUUUCAUGGAAAGGUUUACGUCGAAAUGCCGAAGAUGCUACGCCGACUGAUCGUUUCGCUUCUCUGAUUUGUUUAUUUUCUCUGUCGUGUGUCGGCUUCACCUCAUUAGGUGAUCAUUCCGGGAUUUAAUGUUACGUUAGCUGUUUUUUGAGAUGCGUUACAAUGGAAGGAAAAACUCAACCUCAACUUUGAUUUCACACGAUGCUCAUCCUGGAAACAACCUGAAGAAAACUGGAUUACGUUAACCUGUUGUUCCCUCUUUCCCGCCUUUGUUUUUAUUUUUACUCAGAAAAGAAGCCGUGUGUGUGGUUGCGCUGUCUUUAUUUUCAUCCAGUAUGGCCUUUGGGGAAAAAAAAAACACACUAUCAACAACAUCCCUCGACAGUUGAGAAAAAGAAAUAGUCCAGGCUGAGUAGUAGAAGACUUUACUGUCCUUGUUUGAUCACUAGUAUGUGAACAAUACCUAAUGUCUUGUGUAACAAAUAAAACAAACUAAACUAUGAAAUGAAAUGAUAGAAAAAUAAAAAAAGCACAUGGCAAACCUGGAA